AAACUCAACAACACUCGUCUUCUAGUAAUAAAAAAAAAAAAAACAACUCGUCUUCUCUCUCUCUCAGUCUCAGAAAUGGCAUCGCAGAACGGGAAGGUGAGGCCGAAUCUGGACGAGAAGACCACGAAGGUGUUGAACCUGACGGUGCUGCAGCGAAGGGACCCUUUCGUGGAGGAAAUCCUCAUCACUUCUACACACGUCACCUUCUACAAGUUCGACACCUCCACCAGCCAGUGGAGUCGCAAAGACGUCGAGGGUCCUCUUUUCGUCGUCAAGCGGAACGCCCAGCCUCGCUUUCAGUUCAUUGUCAUGAACCGCCUCAAUACUGAAAAUUUAGUGGAGGAUCUUUUGGGAGAUUUUGAAUGUGAAGUCCAGCUUCCGUAUCUGUUAUAUCGAAAUGCAAAGCGAGAGGUGAAUGGUAUUUGGUUUUAUAAUGCAGCUGAGUGUGAGGAGGUGGCUAAUCUUUUCAGCAGGAUACUGGGUGCAUAUUCCAAGGUGCCUCAAAAGGCUACAGUAUCAACUGCAAAGAGUGAGUUUGAGGAACUAGAAGCAGUCCCAACCAUGGAUGUUAUGGACGGUCCUUUAGAGCCAUCAUCGUCAACUGCAUCCAAUAUCACAGAUGUUCCUGAUGACCAUGCCUUUGUUAACUUCUUUAGUGCAGCUUCGCAUACAGCAGUUACUGGACAAGCUUACCAGUCUUCUACAAUCUCUUUCCCCUUGCAUCAAGUCGGCUUUGCCCCUUCUGCUAUUCCUAGCAUUCACGUAUCAUCUCAUCCACAUUUAUCAACUGUGCCAUCAGUCCCUUCCCUUGACGUCCCAGAAUCCCACAGCAACACCAACCUGGCCACUAAUCUUGUAAAGCCAUCAUUUUUUGUUCCCACUCCUGCAACAGCGAUUGCACCCGUCUCUUCAUCAGUGCCUAGUGCUCCUCUGUUUCAACCUGCUGUGAGUCUACAUCAUCCGUAUGGUGCACCUUUGCUACAACCUUUUCCCCCAUCUGCCCCUCCACCAUCUCUGACUCCUGCUUCUUAUUCUACUUCAAACUAUGGGCCGGUUAUUAAUAAAGAUAAAGUCCGAGAUGCACUUCGGCUGCUUGUUCAGGAUAAUCAAUUCGUUGACAUGGUCCAUAAAGCAGUCCUUAAAGCACACCACUCAUAAUCUAUUAGGAGAGGCAUUUCAGUUGACUGAGCAGAUUUUGGACGCAGCGCUACAAUCUACAGAGAUGAAUAGUUUAUCGUCUAGUUUUUCAGAUCGCAUGAAUGUAUAGUCUCUCUUCUCAUUGUCAUGAGAACACCCGGUGUAUGAUUUACAAUUACCUGUGUGUCUUGCCACCUUUGAACCCACAAAAGGUACUCUUGAGUUUCCAUCUUUGAACUUGUAACCCAUUAGAAGAGGGGUGAAUUCUAAAAUGUGCAUGUGACUGAGGAGCUAUAGGAGGCAGCACUAGAGUCUCUACCAGAGCUGGAUUUCCUUUAUUUUUCCAGAUUGUAUGAAUGUACAGAAUUU